AUCAGACACAGAGAUUCACGAUGAGUCUGUCUAAUGGAUGACAUCCGUGAAACGCCCUCCAUUAAGGAACUGGAGAAAAUACUGUUUGGAGGGAAGAAGAGCGGAAAUCAUGUGGAUGAAGUUUGGCCCGACCUGUUCCUGGGUGAUAUGUCUGUGGCCAAUGAUCGCUUCAGUGUGUGGAAGUUGGGCAUCACUCACGUCCUGAACGCCGCUCAUGGAAAGAUGCACUGCCAGGGCAGCCACGAGUUUUACGGCUCAACGGUCAAGUAUUACGGAGUCCCCGCCGACGAUUCGCCAUCGUUCAACUUGUCGGUUUAUUUUCACCCCUGCGCCGAUUAUAUCAAGGAGGUUCUCAGUUCUCCAGGAGAGCGUGUUCUGGUUCACUGUGCGGUCGGUGUGAGUCGCUCGGCGUCUUUGGUUCUGGCUUAUCUCAUGAUACACCAGCAUCUUUCUCUACUGGACGCCAUUAAAACGGUCAAACGGCAUCGCUGGAUCUUCCCAAACCGAGGUUUUCUCAAACAGCUGCGCGCUUUGGAUGCGACUCUACGCCGUACGGAGCGACGCUGAUCUGAAUGAGCACAAUAUACUGGAUAUAAACACCAACAACAUUCCUACAUCACCACCCGCUGUGAAAAUAAAACAAAUACAUGUGAGGUUAGCACACCGCAACUCUCAUGUGUUAGAAAUAAAAUGUAUUUAAUUCAGAGAUUAUUGUAUAUUUGAUAUAUGUAUAUUUUUACUGUAACAUAUGUUUCACCCAUAAUUUAUAGUAAAAAAUAAAAGAAAAAUAAAAGUCCCUGC